UAUUAUAAUUCAUGUAGGCUAUAGUUACCACAAGGCUACCACUAGCCUACUUAUUAUCUUGAACGAAUUGGCGAAACGUGGGUGCCUUUAUACUUUUAUUGUAGAAAUUAUAUUAGCCUUUAUUAGGCCUACAGGAAGUAAAAUCUAAGUAGAUCUAUCUAGAUCUAGUAGAAGUAGAACGAAAGGCCUAGAAUGAUACUAGAAUCUUCAAACUAGCUAGAUUCUAGAUCCCCUUGAUUUUUCCAUUGACAGAAGUUAACGAUGAUGGUUUCUAUGUUUGAAAGACAGCAAGCGAAAUGUAAAGCGCCUUUAAUUGUCAUGUUUCUUUUUGCGCGUAAAAGCAAGGCAAACCAAAGAAGUGUAGAGUGUAGGCUAGGCCUUCAACAUUUUUAUUUUUGAUAAAAGAAGGGAGAUCACGCACAUCAUUUCUUACGAAAUCAUGCCGCGACCUUUCGACGAGUUGACACAGCAACAGUAGUUCUAUGGCUCAUGCCUUGAUCACAACGACCUUCUGUCAUCAUUUUAAUCUUUUAAAAAAAUGUAUCCAACAGAAGAACACUUCCCUUAAUUAGAUCUAGAUCUACAGACAGGAACAUUGUAGGCCUAUGCUUGAUAUCUCGAUUUCAAAGGGCUUUGGAUUUCAAUGGAAGACUUCUACAAUAACUUCUACUUCAACUUCAAGAUCAAGUACUUGGGCGCUAACUUCUAGGCUAUUUUGUGUGUCUAGAUUCUAGAUCUAGAUCUAGAUCUAUUACUAGAAUCUAGAAUCUAUUAGAAUCUAAAGUCUAAACGUUGACGCAGAGGCUGAGGUUUGAUUCUAAUUCUGAAACUUUUAUUCUUCAACUUCAAGGAAUUGGAAACAAUCAUGGAUAACAACAGUAUUCACUAUGUCGAGAUCGGCAUUUCAGGAGGGUUCGCCACAGUUGAGAAUUUUAUUACAAAGUUUCCUUUUCACAUUGUUGCCAAGCGGUGUGGCUUAGGGGUUACUCAGUGGCUUGUUUGUUCCCGAACAAGCCUAAACAUACGAUUUGUCUUUACUGAAGUUAGUUGUCCUGAUCAAGUUGAAAACGAUCCUUAUUCAGUACUUUGGUGUGGAUCUAGAUCUAGACCAAGAUGGUCUGGAACUCAAAGUGGAAGAGCUGGUGAUGACAUGAAUAUUAGCGCUAAUCUCCCUCAGCCUCAAGAGGGCCUUCUGUCUCUGCGAGAUUCUGUUUUCAAUAUAGCUCUGGAGGUAAAAGGUAUCCAAUGUUUUGCUCAGAAACUGUCCCAAGAUGGUGUAGAAAUAGUGAAGGAACUAAAUACUGUGAGUGAUGAGAGUGGCCAAGUACAUCUUUUCAUAAUUAAGUCUGUUGUUGGAAAUGUGUUUCAUACAAUCAUUGAUUCCCAAAACUACCACGGACUAUUUCUUCCAGGAUUUGUUGCCUUUCGUGACACUCAUUCAUUGGCUUCGUGUUCUUUAGAAAAUGAUGAUGACAAUAUAUCCCACAUAGAUCACUUUACCUUUGCCUGUGAAGUUGGGUCUUCUAGAAGUAUAAUUGACUGGUAUGAAAAACACUUCUACAUGAAGCGAUUCUUCAUAAACAGAGAGGAAAGUGAAUCUGAGGGAUUUGUCAUCAGUGGAAAGGACAUAGGACUUCGAAUGAAAGCUUUGGAGUACUGGAAGUGUGCUGAAUUGGGCUUACAAUCAAACCCUAAUUGUGCUGUGCAAAGCUUCAAAGUUGUUAUUGCUGAAGCUUUACCUAAUCAAGGGCCCAAUCAAAUUGACACUUUUCUGUCGGAGCACGGUGGUCCAGGAAUACAGCACAUUGGUCUGCACACGUCCAGUAUGAGCGGCACCAUUAAAAAACUGAAGCUUCAUGGCGUUGAAUUUGCUGAGCCACCUGCAACUUAUUAUUCAGAAGUGGGAAGACUCCAUGACAUCUUAGGGGUUGGACAAGACGUGCAAGAACUUAAAGAGCUUGGAAUACUCAUUGAUACUGAGGAAGAAGGAGAAUGCUCGAAAAGUCCAAGGUACUUGCUUCAAAAGUUCACCAAACCACUCUUUGAUAGAGACACAUUUUUCUUGGAAAUCAUCCAGCGCAUUGGUGCCACUGGCUUUGGCUCUGGAAACAUCACAGCUCUAUGGAGAUCAGUUCAAGCUUACAUGAAUGAAAAACAUCAUCCUGAAAAAUCUUGAUUAUUGUAAUGUAUUAGUUAUUCACAAACCUAAGGCUUAAUCAUAUCCAAAACAAAAAAA